AGCCAAUCCGCGAGUGCGGAUCAUGGCCGACGAAGCGCCGCUGGAGCAGCGGUUCGCGGCCGCGAGCACCGAGUUCGCGCGGACGACCAUACGAACGAAGGAGGACGCGCAGAAGUUGCAUGGACGCGUCAAUGACUGGCGAGAGGACGUCAACACGCUUGCAGGCCAGAUUGCCGCCCAGCUCAAUGUGUGCAAGUCGCUGCGGACGAGCAAGGCCAUGCACUCAAUCGCGGCAACGCCGACGCCGCUCGACGUAGUUCGCUUCGGCGACGUCGACCCGUUCCACUUGAUGCGGUCCGACAUCCGCAGCCUGUAUGAUUUUCGGCUCUCGACCUUGCGCUCGCAGAUUGUCGACGCCAGCAACACCACGAGCAUCGACUUGGAGCUCGACAAGGACGCGUCCGUCCAGGCGCAGCUCAAGCUCAUCUUGGACGAGCCAUCAACGGUCGAGAAGGCCGGAGAUGCAGACACGGCGUUUCAGUCGAUGCUCAAGCGAAAAGCGACUUGUGUUGCAAAAUUGCCGACGAUUUACUCCGGACGAAGCGCGCGACGGACCUCGAACGCGGCGUACAUGAAGGUCGUCGAGCUCUGCAGUAGCCUCUUGCGCAGUCGCCCGAAACAUGGCUCGCGGAAGACCGAGGCUCCGCGGUCGCCGACAGCCCCUAGUGCCGUGCACCAGCUCUUUGCUGCGACAUCGGCCUCACCGCCCGACAAUGAGGCGAGCAAAGUCACAAGCACCCGUCUCGACGAAGCCAACUUUACAAUCCAAAAGCUGCAUCGGGAGAUCAGUGAGCUCAAGAUAGCCAACGCCAAGCUCGCGGCGGCCAACUCGCAGCUCGACGACAGCUACGCGCACGUUUUGAGUCGAUUUGAGGCCGAGAAGGAUGCACACCAAGCCAGCAUCGGCUUGCACGAGCCGCGCAUCCGCAAGCUCGAAGAGGAGAUCCAGGCGUCGGCCAAAGCACUCUCCGAGCUCCGGCUCAACGUCGACCUCAUCACAAGCAUGUACAAGGUACACAUUUCGAAAAAGCAGACCAACCCUCAGCGAAUUGCACAGAAAACGUGUGACGAAGUCGUCGAGUUUGACCGGAAUCGCAUCCUCAUCCAGGCGGAGCGCGACGCGAUGGCCAAGAAGCUCCACGACGAAAUUAAGAAGCUGGCCGUCGUCAACCUCGAGAUCGUGCGCAAGGACAAGCUAACCAUGUAUGCCAUGGGUGCGCGGCACGAAGCCCUCCAAGCCCUGAAAGAAACCCAGCGCCAGCUCCACGAGAUGACCAUGGUUCGCGACGGCUGCAACCAAACAAUCGCGCACCUCGGCGAGACCGUAGACAAGCUCAACGCCUCGCUCCGCGAGACCACCUCGGGACAGACCGACGCCCUGGCCGCGCAAGAGCAGAUGCUGCUCGAGCUGCGUGCCACAAUCGACGAGCAGGCGACCGCACAUGCGGCAACUCUGCAACAAGCCGCUGCACGCCACGACGAAGAGUACACCAAGCUGCAAGCCAAGUUGGACAAGACCAACAAAGAGCUCGUCGAGUCCGUCCAAGACAACAUCAUAUCCUUUUCCCGCAACCACGCGCUCGAUGGCAAACUGCGCCAAGCUCAAGAGCGCAUCAGCCGCUUCCUCUCUGCGUAG